AAGAAAGUAGAAUUCUAGACGGGACGCAAGACGCUUGUCAAAGUACGAUGUGAAUUCUAGACCGGCCAUAGAUCAGCCUAAAGAAGGUGUGUUGCCGUCGGAAUCAAGAAAAAAAAGCUAUUCCGAUUCCGACAAGGCGUCGGCGAAUACACGCCAUGAGCCUCCACGCGGGAUAUCUCCAUUGUUCACGCCCUACAGUAUGACUCAAUGGCGUUCUUCUUAAUAUGCAGAAGCUUUCUCCAUCGAGGCUUGAUUUUCGAAAACGGCACAGCUUGAUCGAGUAACCCAACUUUCCGACAUGACGACACCAAAGCUAUCCAGCCCAACUCUUUUUACGCCACCGGAAUUGAAAGCCAAUCCACAGUUAUCAACGUCUGUUACGCAGCUCGUCAACGACGCGUUCUAUCGCUCAAAAGACAUCGAUCCGGUCAAAUGGAGUAACACGACAUUCCGCUUUUCGAAUGAGGGGGAGCUACAUACACUACUUGGAGAUGAAGGCAGCGUCAUCGCGUUGAUAUUUGAUGAAUCCGGCGUUGCGAAGGAGGCUGAAAAGGUCAAUGGCAAGGAAAACAUGAAACCUGUUGCGUGCGCCGCCGCAGUACCUUGGAAAGGCGGAUGGGCAAGAGAAAGCGCUGGGAAAGAGAGCGGGUGGGAAAUCAAAAUCGUGUCUGUGGAUGGUGAUCCAAAGUAUCACCAUCGUGGCCUUGCUGUCCAAUUGCUCAACUUUCUCGAGUUGUAUCUUGUUGCGAACGCGAGAGCUGCACUUCAAAGAGAGGGGAAACAGGGCGAAGGUGUGUUGACGCUCUGGAUCUUGGCCGCGGAAUGUAUUAAUGGGGUGUACUGGCGUAAGAAAGGAUAUCAAGAGGUACGCAAGAAGGUAGAAGGGCCGGGCGUUUGGAGCUGUAAAACAAGUUUUGAGAUGGUGGUACUACGGAAGGAUGUACCUUUUAAUUGACGUUAAAGCUGGGCCAUUUGAUGAACAGUGUGAGAAAGAGAAGUGGAAGCGAGUGGACGGUGAUACGCGAUCUUAUUUGUUACCGAAUUCCCAUGACGCCCACCUUCCUGCCAGAAUAGGAGACCGUAUCGCUGUGUUCAUGGGGAGCGAGUGUGCAGUGGUUGCAAAUGACCCUACAAGCACGCAUGUUACAAAUUAUCUAAACUGGUAUCUGAGCUGAGGAUGCACUUUCCACGAAGAAUCCAAUUUUUUAUCAGCAAAGCUUAGGAGAAUUCCAUGUGAUGUGUCACUAAGUGAGACACGGUUCGGCUAGGGCACCGACUCGUACACACUUCCUUAUC